AUGAAAUUACUAUUUCUGGCGGUGAUAGCUUAUAAUGCCAAUGCGGGUAUACUGUCUGGACAUCACAGUUCUGAUUCCGUUUUAUCUUCAGCACUAAAUGCACCAUCAGCUAAUUUUGGACCUCCAUCAACAUCGUAUGGGGUACCGGCGCCAUCUCUAGACAUUAACGUACCAGAAGCAAGUGCAGCUGAUGCUGGUCUGUUAGCCGAAGACCAUUCUUCCGAUGUAGCCAUUAAUAGCGGAGCCAGUUUUAGCGACGGUCAUGCUUAUGCCAACGGCCUUGCCAGCGGUCCCGGACUUACAGGACCUGCUUUAACUAGCGGACCCUCCUUUGGCGCUGAUGCCGGUUUUGGUGGUCAAGCUUUAGGUGCCGAACCAAUUGUCUCGAAUGGUUUACCGCUCGGUCCCGGAGGAAUUGACGGUGCCGCACUUGGGCCCGCCUCUCUAUCUGGCCUUGGCGGCAAUGGAGCAAUCCUUGACACCGGACUUGCUGGCGCGACCGUUAACACAGCUGUCGGAGCUCCACGUGUGGUCGGCACCACCGUAACAGUAGGCCGUGCUGAGCCAUCCGCCUCCAGAUACGAGCUGCAGUCCGUCGUUCAGAAUGUCGUUCGUCGCAUCCCAGUUGAAGUGACCCGUCAUAUCCAAGUUGCUGUACCACAACCCGUGCCGGUUCCAGUGCGCCAAGAGGUGAAAGUGCCAGUACCGCAACCUUACCCCGUACACGUCGACGUCGUCAAGCAUGUUCCCUACCCUGUGUACAAAACCGAGCACGUAGAAGUUGAGAGACCCGUACCGGUAGAGGUAGUGAAGCACGUGCCAUUCGAAGUCAUUAGGAAGGUGCACAUCCCAGUUGAAAGGCCCUACGAGGUGAUCAAGAAGGUUCAUGUGCCUGUUGAAAAGCACGUGGAAGUGCCCGUACCAGUAUGGAAACCUUACCCAAUUCACAUCAUCAAACACGUUACCCACUACAAAAAGAAGAGCUGCUGCUGG